AUUAGGUUAUUUUAAAAUGUGUCUCCAUUCGCCCUAGUCACAAAUGUAAACGCAACACUUUUGUUAAAUAUUAUUCUUUUGUUUGUUUAUAGUAAUUAUAAUAGAGUUUAAAAUGUUUGUUCAGUGUUUAUUAUUUUUGUCCAUAUUCGGAUCCCUAAAUGCUGAUUACUACCGCAUGUCGUUGCGGCCGCAGCCCUGUAUCAUACCGCGGCUGGACCACGGGCGGGUGCGCGUGCGCCGCUCCACGCUCAUCAAGUUCAUAUGCCUGCAGCGGUACGAGCUGGUCGGCAACCGGUACGCCACGUGCAAGGACGGCCGCUGGGACGCGCCCACACCUGUUUGUGUCCGUUCAGGAUGUACAGUACCCAAUAUAGAAAAUGGGAUAGUAGCAGCCAGUAGGAACAACGCGUGGGUGAUGUACUUCUGCUUGCCAGACUUCAAACUGGUGGGCUCCCCCGCCAUCUACUGCGACGGCAGGCGAUGGAACGCCUCGGCUCCUACGUGCGUUAAUUCCAAAAUCCAAAACUCCUUGAGCUGUGAUUUCGAGAGUAGCCUGUGCGGGUGGACGCAAGACGAGCUUCACGAUUUCGACUGGAAGAGGCUGAACAAUAAAACGCCCAGCUCAUUUUUGAACACCGGACCCUCGCAUGACCACACGUUAGGACCAGAAGGCUCAGGUUACUACAUGUACAUCGAGAGCACUUCACGUUUAGAAAACGACACGGCUCGCUUCAUAUCACCAGUUUACGAACGGGCUCUAUCAGAAAAUGGCUGCUUUUCUUUCUUCUAUCACAUGUAUGGCAGUGGAUGCGGCGGGCUCCGAGUGUACCAAAAACCGGACAAUCUGCCUCUAGAAGUCCUCGUCCAGUCCAGCGAUGAAAUGAAGAAGGAGUACAUACUUUUUGAGAAGUGGGGAAACCUGGGUGACUUCUGGUACAACUCUGUUGCCAGGCUGAGGCAGUUUGAUGACAACUUUCAGAUCAUCAUAGAAGGCAUCCGAGGGUUCACUUUCACCAGUGACAUAGCAAUUGAUGACGUCGCCAUUCUUCAGGGGGAGAACUGCACUGCAGCCAUAGUUGCCGCCUCUACACCAUCGCCGAACCCGUACAUACCUGACUCGUGCGUGGGCCGAUGCCGCACGCUGGACACGGCGGACACCACGCCAGGCUGCGGCUGCUCCAGCGCUUGUCUGGUGCACGGGAACUGCUGUCCGGACUUCUUCGACGUCUGCGUCUUUGUAACUGAUUCCACAAGUGCCGACGACAUGCUACCGGCGAAUAGUUCCGACGACGACGCCGCACCUUUCACACAGAAGCUAGUCGCUACCACACCUGAAACUACCUCUACCUCAACCACUACUACAACAACAUCGACAACAACAACAACAACACCACGACCGACAACAACGACCACAACUACAACAACGCAAAGACCAACAACAACCACCACUACAACAACCACAACACAACGACCAACAACAACUUCAACAACAACAACGCAACAACCGACAACAACCACACAAAGCACAUCAAAAACAACACCCUCAACCAUUCCCACAAGUACAAUAAAAGUUACAAUCGCACCAACAAUAAAAACUACAUUAAUGGAAGUUCCAACAACAAUUAAAAAAGUCACAACAUUUACAACAAAACCAACAACUGAUAUGCCGUAUGGAAUUUCCAGAACUAUAGAGAAUCACAAUAAUUACCACGAACUUAUAGAGAAGAGAAGAAAAGAAAACACCGUUGAAACUAGAAAACUAGAGUAUACUCACGGAAUAGAUGCUGAACAAAAGAGUUCAAACGGUUGGAAAGUAGCUCUAUCAGUGUUGGGAGUGUUGUUCUGUGUUGUCGUGGUGCUGGCUUUGAAGCUGGGUCGCAGCGCGCGCGGGCGCGUCGCUCUCGCAAGGCUGCGCAGUCGCGCGACCAACGACCCUGAGGUCCGAUAUCUGUCCGCCGACAACACGGACUACUGAAUGAACUAUAACUAUUACCUCUAUUAGUGUUGGGAGUGGUGUUGAAUAUUGACGCAGUCCUGGCCUUAAUACUGAAUGACUUCUGAAUAAACUGUUUAAAUUAAUAUUAGUGCAGAGAAUGUUGUUGAGUGUCGUCGUUAAGGAUGAACGAAUUUAAGGAAUGUUUUUGAGUGUUGUCACGGUACUUGCCCUGGGGAAUGGCACCAUUAACUGUUGUUACUUUUAAUGGCUCUACCAGUGUUGCAAGUAGUGUUGUUCUGGAUCAGAGGUUGAAUUUUGACUUCUGAAUAAACUGGUACAAGUUACAACUAUUAAUAAAUAGCUCUAUGAAUGUUGCGAGUGGGUGUCGUUGCGGGCAUGGCCCUAACUGAAUUAAACUGUUUUAAUAUAUUUAGAGAUCAAUAAAGUUAGUACUGAGAGUGGUGUUGAGUGUUGUUGCGGUCCUGAUCCUAAGGCUGAAUGACUUCUGAUAAACUGUUACAACUA